UUUGUGAAAGUGGCCUGACGUCACACUCCCACAAUGCUUACCGCCCCCUAACUCGGUUGCAGCCUGAGGAGAGCCACACACACUCACUCCCAGGCCCCGAAUAUCUAUAUUAUUGGUAGGGGGCGAAGUCGUUUAAAAUUAUUUUAUAAACAAGUAAAGAAGACAUCGAAGAGAGAGAGCGUGGAGUUGGCAGCGUGGGUCUCUCCCAUGGUGGCUUUCUACUCGGGAUGGACGUUAACCCGGGCUCCAAGUGAAAGUUGACUAAUGCAGUGCUGGAAACUUUUUGAGUCAAGAUGCAGAAGAGUAUUUGGCACUCGCCGCCAAGCAUGGCUCUUGGAACUGGGUGAGGAGGAGACGUGAGAGGAGGAAAAGUGCAACACAUGUCAAGGAAAUAAAGACAGACAGCAGGAUUAAUUCUCGCUCAUCUCCAUGUUUCACUCAAGCUUCUACUGAGCCGCCACUUUGCCACCCAAACCACCAACUUUCGACAUUGAGCCCGCGAGGCAGGGGAACCCCGAGUGGACUUUCAUGGCAGCGGCUCUCUAGGGCUGCCAUGGCAGCUGCUGCCGCCGAUGCCUCACACCGUAUUACCGCACUGACGCCGGAGGAAGAGGGACGACGGACUGCCGUCAAGUUGUUUGGGAGCGCCGGCUCGCUGCCACGCACAGAGAAAGAGAGGGGGAAAGAGAGAGAAGACGAGGAAGAAGAGGCGGGAAGAGGGAACGAGUGUUUGGUGUGCGGGGCUCUGUUCGCCUCUCAGGAGAAGCUUCGGCUGCACGCCGUGAGUCACACGGGAGAGAAACCUUUCCACUGCUCACAGCCGCACUGCCCCAAGGCCUUCAGCUCCAAAUACAAACUCUUCAGGCAUAUGGCCACACAUUCUCCACAGAAGACCCACCAGUGUUCGUUCUGUGAGAAAAUGUUCCACCGGAAGGACCACCUGAAGAACCACCUGCAGACCCAUGACCCCAACAAGGAGGCCUUCAAGUGCGAGGAGUGCGGCAAGCCCUACAACACCAAACUGGGCUACAAGCGCCACGUGGCCAUGCACUCAGCCACAGCGGGAGACCUCACCUGUAAAGUUUGCAUGCAGAGGUACGAGAGCACGCCCGUCCUCCUGGAGCACCUCAAGAGCCACUCGGGGAAAUCAUCCGGCGGGGCCAAGGAGAAGAAACACCCGUGCGACCACUGCGAUCGCCGUUUCUACACGCGGAAGGACGUGCGGCGGCACAUGGUGGUGCACACUGGCCGAAAGGACUUCCUGUGCCAGUACUGCGCCCAGCGCUUCGGCAGGAAGGACCACCUGACGCGUCACGUGAAGAAGAGCCACUCGCAGGAGCUGCUGAAGAUCAAGACCGAGCCCCCGGAUAUGCUGGGCCUCCUGGCCUCCGGCUCGCCUCCUUGCGCCGUGAAGGAGGAGCUCAGCCCCAUGAUGUGCAGCGUGGCUCCGAAUAAGGACCCCAUGAUGGGCAAGCCUUUCCCAAGCGGGGCCCCCUUCCCCAUGGGCGUGUACAACCCCCACCACCUGCAGGCCAUGUCCAACUCCGGAGUGACCCACCCCCACCCGCCCCUGAUGUCCGCGCCCCUAUCCGUGGGCAUGGGCUGCCACAUGGAGUCCACUGGAUCCCUGCACCCCCACUCCCAUCACCACCACCACCAUCACCACCACCACCAUCACCACCAUUCCCCACCGGCGCCCCCGCCCCACCACCAGCCCUCGGUCCCCCAGCAGCAGCACCAUUCCCAGCAAGCCCCCAAAUACCAGCUGGGAUCUACCUCAUACCUGCUGGACAAACCCUUGAAGGUGGAGAUGGAGAGCUUCCUCAUGGAUCUGCAGAGUGGCUUGCCGGGCCCGCUUCCCUCCGCGGAGCCUCACGCUGCUGUUUCGCCCCCCAAGGAUGGACUGGAGCCUCCUGCCGGCCUAGCAGAAGAACUGUGCGGAGAUCCCCUGCUGUCCAAGAGCCCCGCGGUGAUCGCCGAGUCUCUCUCUGCUGCUAACAUGGACUUCUCCCACUUGCUGGGCUUCCUUCCGCUCAACCUCCCUGCCUACAGCGCCCCCAUGAGCACGGGAGGACUGGUGAUGGGUUAUACUUCGUCUGCCACCUCCUCGUCUUCCUCCUCCUCCUCCUCUUCAUCUCUGCACGCUGCCGAGCCUCACGCCGCAGCAGUUGCCGCCAUGGCGCCUCUUACCUCUUUGCAACCACAACCUCAGGAGCAUCAGAGCUCCGGCGGGGGUCUGGGACUUGGACCUCUGCACCCUCUUCCACCAGUAUUCAGCUCCAGCCUUAGUACCACCACACUGCCUCGCUUCCACCAGGCUUUUCAGUGAGCGUUUUCAAAGCUAGAUUAAAACAUACAGUGAGUAGAUUUUGAAUUUAAAAAAAAAAAAGAAGAAAAAAAAAGCGAGAAAA